CUGGUGGCUGCUAUGGAGCCCUCUCUAAAGGCCUGGGGUCUGCUUGUGUUCCUGCUGUGCCUGCAGUACAGCUCGCUUGCACAGAGUACUUCCAGGCGAGAGUUCAUGGAAUACCAUCACCUAAGCCCACACAAAGAAUUCAGUGGCUACAGCUGUGAUGUGCUCAUGACAGAGAAAGGUCUGAAACCCAAGAUCUCACACUCGUUUGUUUAUAUGGCAUGGUACAAAGUUGAGCACAUAUGCAUUAGUGGCAACUGGAAAGAUCGCUACAGAAAUUCAUAUGUUUGGGCUCAGACUCCCAUUAAGGUACUCGAGUGCCAUCGGGAGAAUUUCAAAGGUAAAUACAUAGAGAAAAGGAGCUACAACUAUGUUCAGUUCCACUGUAACGCAGAUGGCUAUGUCGACAGCAUAGAGGACAUGAAGGUUUUGGAGCCCAUCUUCGCCUAGCUCACCAGCUGGCCAGGUCUGGGAGAGCCGUUAGUUCCCAACUGUCAGCCUCUGCUUCCAUUGCAAUUACAUGUCAGUGUUUCCCAAGCAUGUUGAUUCUCGAUAUUAUGACCAUGCUUAUGCUCUUCCCUGCCUAAAAUAACAUUCCUCCCUUUCAUUGACAUUUUUUAUGACUCGGCUCACACAGCUUCUCUUGGUGGGACAAAGUAUCUGAGAGAACCCGUUCAGGAGGAUUUAUUCGCCUCCUCCUCUCAGGGCUUUCAGUCUGCGGCUGGCUGGCUCUGCUGUCCUUGUGGAAGAGUGAGGCAGAGCUUGGUGGGGAAGGUGGAAGAGCAGAGAUGUUCACUCCGUAGAGACUGAGAAGUGGAAAGAGAAGGAGGGCGAAGGGUGUGGGGACAAGAUGUGACCAUUGUGGCUCCAGUGGCCUAUCUCCUCCUCCAACAGGAGCCACUCAGACCCACUCAGCUAUGAACUCAUCAAUCCCCUGCCAAAGUAAGUUACAGCCUUCAUGACCCAAGUAAGCCUUCAACACAGGAGCCUG